AUGAAUCUCCUCGACCCUUACCUGAAGAUGACGGAGGAACAAGACAAAUGUCUCUCCGACGCCCCGAGCCCGAGCAUGUCCGAGGACUCCGCGGGAUCUCCGUGCCCGUCCGGCUCGGGCUCCGACACAGAGAACACCCGGCCAUCUGAGAACGGGCUACUCGGUCUAGAUGGAGAGUUUAAGAAGGAUGAGGACGAUAAAUUUCCCGCUUGCAUCCGCGAGGCAGUGUCCCAGGUGCUCAAGGGCUACGACUGGACUCUUGUGCCUAUGCCAGUGCGCGUUAACGGGUCCUCUAAGAACAAGCCUCACGUGAAAAGACCGAUGAAUGCUUUCAUGGUGUGGGCUCAGGCUGCGCGCAGGAAGCUGGCUGAUCAGUAUCCUCACCUGCACAACGCAGAGCUCAGCAAAACUCUGGGGAAACUCUGGAGACUUCUGAAUGAAGGGGAGAAGCGGCCGUUUGUGGAGGAAGCCGAACGGCUCCGGGUGCAGCACAAGAAGGACCACCCCGACUACAAAUACCAGCCCCGGCGGAGGAAGUCCGUCAAGAACGGCCAGAGCGAGUCGGAGGACGGCAGUGAGCAGACGCACAUUUCCCCCAAUGCCAUCUUCAAAGCUCUCCAGCAGGCGGACUCCCCAGCCUCCAGCAUGGGAGAGGUGCACUCACCGGGUGAGCACUCAGGCUCCCAGGGCCCCCCUACUCCUCCCACCACCCCAAAGACUGAUGUCAGCUCGGGCAAGAUGGACCUAAAGCGAGAGGGUGGCAUCCGCUCCCUGUCCGACGGCACCGGCGGCCGCCAGCUCAACAUCGACUUCCGCGACGUGGACAUCGGCGAGCUGAGCAGCGACGUCAUCUCCCACAUCGAGACCUUCGACGUCAACGAGUUCGACCAGUACCUUCCGCCCAACGGGCACCCCGGCUUAGCGGGCGCCGCCGGCGGCUCCGCGCCGGUCGCUUACACCGGCAGCUACAGCAUCAGCGGCGGCAGCCCGGUGAGCCCGCAGGCGGGGGCCGCCGCGGCUUGGCUGGCGAAAAGCCAAAACCAGCAGGGACAGCAGCAGCAUACUCUGACCCCACUGGGGGGAGGGGGCGCCGAGCACCGGACCCAGAUAAAGACUGAGCAGCUGAGCCCGAGCCACUACACCGAGCAGCAGGGUUCCCCGCAACACGUCGCCUACAACAGCCCCUUCAACCUGCAGCACUACAGCCCCCCCUCCUCCGCCUACCCGGCCGCCAUCUCCAGAGCGCAGCAGUACGACUACUCCGACCACCAAGGGGGCGGGGCCGCCGGCUACUACAGCCACGCGGGGGCGGGGCAAGGCUCAGGGCUGUACUCGACUUUCAGCUACAUGAGUAGCCCCAGCCAGAGGCCCAUGUACACGCCGAUAGCCGACACCACGGGGGUCCCGUCCAUCCCGCAGAGCAGCCCGCAGCACUGGGAGCAGGCUCCGGUCUACACCCAACUCACCAGGCCCUGAGAGCCACGGAGACCACCACGCAGAUCUGACAAGCAGAACACUUUACUGCGGGGGUCUGCUCCAUGAAUCAAAUCAGACACUUGAAUGAAGAAGAGGAGGGCUUGUGAUUGGCUCACGUCGUGCCUUGCUAUUCUAUCUUUAUAUGAACUUUUAUAUAUAUAUAUAUAUAUAUAUAUAUAUAUAUAUAUAUAUAUAUAUAUAUAUAUAUAUAUAUAUAUAUAUUUUUAGAGAGAUGGAGAAACUUAGGAAAAUCCUCUGUGAGGACUUAAUGAUUGUUGAUAUUGCAGUAGGUACUGCGUCUUGAUAUAUUUUUGGUUUGAUUUCUUCACACGCCGGCAGUAACCAAUGGGGAGGAUGGGGGGUUCCUGGCUAAUUAUUUCUACAUGUAAAUAUACGACGAAAAAAAGCUUUAUAUGUCACACGGCUCAGCAGCUCACCACUCAUGGUAGCGCGCAUUCAGAUGUUUGUUUGAUUUCGAUGUGUUGCUUCUUUCCGCUCUUCCCUGGGGAGGGGUGUAGGGUGGGUGCAGCUCUUUCCACCAUCAGUGCCUUCGAGUUUUACACUUUCUUUGUAUGCCUGAGUGUGUUCGCGCACAGCUGAGAUUACACUUACCGUCCAGCCUGCUACAGGAAGUCACCUUUGACCCCCCCCUCCCUGCAGACUACCACCAUGGUGGUGUCCAAAACAUUCCCUUCAUCCUUAAACCCAGUUUAAAACUUUAUUUAUUUAUUAGCUUUAAUUUUAUUUCAAAGUAAUUAUUAUUUUGCAUACUAUUAUUAUAACUAAUGUCCUCUUUGCAAAUGUAGAUGGCAUAUAAUUUCCCCCUUUUUUCCAAUUUUGAAUUCCCACCCAGGAGGUACUGAGACUAAAUGGUACACGCUGUAAUCGUCUUUUUCUGUUUAUUUAUGUUAUCUAAAUGUAUUUGCCUUUUUCCUGAGGGUCUGGGUGGGAUUAUCUAACGAUUUGUGUACGGAUUACUUGUUAUUUGUGAAUUAUCUAUGAGUUGGACUUUUACUAUGGCUGAUGGAACUGGAAAAUCUCAGUUACAAGCUUUAUACACUUUUUCUGUUUCUUGAUCUUUUGUUUGUGCGAUCACCAGAGGGACCUUUUGCUCUCAAAGUUCUAUUUCCUUUUUGUUCACAGUACUUUCCCUUUUUCUGUGAUCUUGCCUUGUAUUUGUACGGUCUUUAAAGAAUCUUUUGUAUAUGUAUUUGCAAUAAAAAAGAGAAAAUGCUAUCAAAAACAAA